UGGAGAGCUAAGCAAAGACACUCUGGCUGUAAUGAAGAAGCCCCGGUGUGGUUUGUCAGAUGUGGAGUCAUUUGGGGAAACAAUGAGGUGGACCAAAAGCAAAAUUAGCUACAGAAUAGUUGGGAAAAAGCUGCCUAUCCCUUCCUCACAAAUCCGUAAAAUUUUUAGAGAAGCAUGGAAGAUCUGGUCCAAUGUGACACCCAUGCGUUUUCAGAAGAGAGGCAGAAGGGAGGCAGACAUCGUUAUCUCUUUCUACACAGGAGACCACAAAGACGGCUCUCCGUUUGAUGGCAAACAGGGCAUCCUGGCUCAUGCCUUCUUACCGGGCAUUGACAUCGGAGGAGAUGUGCAUUUUGAUGCAGAUGAAGAUUGGACCACAAACUCUACAGGUUACAAUCUGUUUGCUGUGGCUGUGCAUGAGUUUGGCCAUGCCAUUGGCCUGGCCCACUCCUCAGACCCUGGUGCAGUCAUGUAUCCUUCAUACAAUUUCAACAGUGAGUUGGAGCUCUCCUUUCGAGACGUCAAAGAUGUCCAACACUUGUACGGUAAAACACAGUGUCCUCUCAAAAAGCCUCCUCCCAAAACCCCGAACAAAUGUGACCCGGACUUGUCUUUUGACGCUGUGACAGAGCUGCAGCAAGAAGUGCUUUUUUUCAAAGACAGGUUCAUGUGGCGCAAACACCCGCAGUUUGAUGAAACCCGCAUAUCUCUGCUCAACAGCCUGUGGCCAGAGAGUGUACCAUCAUACAUGGAUGCUGCUUACAUGAACAUAGAGAAGAAUGCCAAUGUGUUUUUUAAAGGUGAUCAGUAUUGGAAGCUGAUCCAGCUACAGCUUGUAGAAGGUUUUCCCAAAAACAUCUCAGACUUGGGUUUUCCCUCCAGAGUGAGAUCAGUGGAUGCGGCCCUUCACUUCCGACUGGAGCGAUACACUGUGUUUUUCACGGGACACGAGUGUUGGAGAUACAAUGAGCUGACAAAUACACUGGAGCACCCACCAUCACUCAUAGAGCAGGAAUACCCCGGGAUUCCAACUCCAAUUGAUGCUGCAGUUUACUCUGAUGACUUUAUUCACUUUUUCAAGGGAAACCUGCAUUACACUUACGACCCUGACUCCAAAAAAGUGAUCUCUACCGGCUCAGUCAACACAAUACUGGAGUGUACAAAGACGACAGACAAUGAAAUCCUCCCUGACCACAAAGCAGACAGUACUUCCUCCUGCUUCCAUAAAAGGAGUGUUUCCUCAGUGAGUGACGGUGGAGUUGCCCAACGCCUUGGUACCUGGGCUAUAAAAGAGCAGGACCCAGAGCACAAACCAAAACAAAACCAAAACGCAAACAUGAAGACAAUGAAGUUGAGUCUAUUGCUACUGAGCCUGGCCUCUGCAGUUUACUGUAUGCCACUGUCCACUAUAACCCUGCAGGAACAGGACUUUGCACUGGAUUAUCUCAAGAAGUUCUACAACCUCACAGAAGAAACGGGUCCAGUCUCCAGACGAGCCAUCAGCCCUGUCACCAGAAAGCUGAGGGAGAUGCAGAAGUUUUUCGGACUCAAGAUCACCGGGAACCUCGAUGAAGAAACUAUGGCCAUGAUGAAGAAGCCUCGCUGUGGUGUGCCCGAUGAGAAAGUGGCAAGAUUUUCCAUUUUUGGAGAAAAUCUGAAAUGGCAGAAAAACGCUCUUACAUACAGAAUUGAGAACUACACUCCAGACAUGACCAAAGCAGAGGUUGAUGAUUCCAUUGAAAAAGCUCUACAACUCUGGGCCAAAGUCACUCCCCUGAGGUUCACCCGGAUCUACAGUGGAAUUGCAGACAUCAUGAUCUCCUUUGGACGCGGCUCCCAUGGAGACUACUACCCUUUUGAUGGCCCUGAUGGCACCCUGGCCCAUGCUUUUGCCCCUUCUUCUGGAAUCGGAGGAGAUGCACAUUUUGACGAAGACGAGAACUUCACCUAUCGUUCAAAUUCUGGAUAUGUUCUGUUUAUGGUGGCUGCCCAUGAGUUUGGUCACUCUCUGGGCCUGUCCCAUUCUAACGACCCAGGCGCUCUCAUGUUCCCCACCUACUCCUACAGAAACCCAGAGACCUAUGUUCUGCCCCGUGAUGACGUUAACGGCAUCCAGUCUCUCUACGGACCAAACCCAGACAAAGACCCUGCUCCAGGCCCAGGCCCCCUGCCCCCCACCACCCCCGACUCAUGUGACUCCUCACUGGUCUUGGACGCUGUGGCCACCCUCAGAGGAGAAAUGCUCUUCUUUAAAGACAGGUUCUUCUGGCGUAGCUACCCUCAGAGUUACCAGCUUCAGCAGUCUCUCAUCAACAACUUUUGGCCUGAUGCUCCCUCCACUGUGGACGCUGCCUAUGAGAGCCAAGAAACAGACCGGAUGUACCUCUUCAAAGAUCGCCAGGUCUGGGCCUUCAACGCUUAUGAUCUUCAGCCAGGUUACCCAAAAUCCAUCUCCAGCUAUGGCUUUCCCAAAACAGUGAAGAAAAUAGAUGCUGCCCUGUACGACGUGGACACCCGCAAGACACUGUUCUUUGUUGGCGAUCAGUUUUACAGUUAUGAUGAGGUCAGUAAAAGAAUGGACCAGGGAUAUCCUAAAAAUGUGGAUCAGAAGUUCUCCGGUCUAACCACCAAAGUCACUGCAGCCUUCCAGUACAGAGGUUUCACAUACAUCUACAGUGGGCCCUACAUGCUGGAGUACAGUCUGAGGAGUGGACAUCUGUUCAGAAUGCUCGGGAAUAACUACUUCCUGCCAUGCAACAACUAUUAGAACCCCCAACCAUGAUGUGAAUUAACAGUAUUACUGUGUUUGCACUGAUCAACAGAUACUAAUACUGUUGUUUACCUGAAGCACCUUAACAGCGUAUAUGUGAUAUAUAUUUAAGUCAUUUCUUGUCUUUUCUACUAUUAUUUAUCUAUAAUUUAAACAACGUUUUUUGAAGACUGUUUGGAACUGUUGUCACAUGAGUUAUCUUUGCUGUAAUUGAAAAUAAAAUAAUUUUUCACUGUAAA